AUGUCGGUUUCGAAGCAGACGGGUGCACUGUUGGAAAAUCUUCCUCAACGUCUGGUCAAUUUCUUCGCUCGGUAUCCUCCACAAGUCCACUCCGCGGCUGUCCGCCGUCCUGCCCCUGCGAAUGGAGAGGGCUAUGUACCAACGAAGGUAGAAUCUCCAUACACACCAGACCGUGAUGUGAAGAGUGUCCCAAGAGAGAAAAAGCAUGGCUGGACUCCUUCACGCGCACUCCUCGUUACCAGCGACGAACUCCGCAAUCCAUUUCUUCCGCAUAAGCGAUUCGGCAAAUGGGAAGCACCGAAAUAUGGGCUGCGCCAACAAGCUGAUCUGAUGAAGCUGGCAAUCAAAUACAAUGUGGGGGCACUUCUCCCUCCCAGUCGCAAAUCACCUGAAUUCAAGGAGACACGGCGCGCAGAGCGUGGUUUGCAGGUUAAGGGAACUGGAGUUGGUCAUAAGGUUAAGGGUCACAAGUGGGAGCGUACCAUGGAGUCACGUCUCGAGGACCGUCGCAAGGCAAUGGAAGGGAUGCCAGAGAUGGUGCGGAUGUGGAAGCAGAGAGGUCAUGGCCGUGGCUGGAGACAAUGGCCCAAGCGGUAA